CAAGUGGAGGCGCAGGACACAGAGCUGGAGCGACGCACUACAAACGCCGAACCACAACAACACCUGCUUCAAAGGAAAGCUCCUCAUCUUCAGACAUGUCCCUGGACAACGCUCUUCUUCCAGACAAAUUAAGUGGAUUUUUCUUUGCGAGUUGUAUGUGGUAUAGGUGGAGAAUUUGGGCACUGUGAACCUGUCGGACGCGCAGCACUAGAGGAAAUACAAUAGUGACAAUAACAUUUAAACUAGGACGACUCUGCUGUUUUUUGUUUUUUUUUAAAUCAGUAUUAUUCAUAUCAAGGACAUAAUCAUCUGCAAGCAUGCCCGGAGCAUUUUUCUCAACGCAGUUGCUCUACAUCGGGAUGGAGGUGCUGAUUGCAGUCGCGUCAGUAAUAGGAAAUGUGAUGGUGGUUUGGGCGGUGAAAAUUAAUAAGUCUCUGCGAGAUAACACGUUCUGCUUCAUCGUCUCCCUAGCCCUGGCGGAUAUUGCAGUGGGUGCCCUCGUCAUCCCUUUGGCCAUCACCAUCAGCAUCGGACUCCAAACUCACUUUUACAGCUGCCUUCUGGUCGCGUGCACGGUGCUGGUGCUGACGCAAAGUUCAAUCCUGGCCCUGCUGGCAAUUGCAAUUGACCGCUAUCUCAGGGUCAAGAUCCCGACCAGGUACAAGCGGGUGGUGACCCCUCGGCGAGCGGGGCUGGCAGUGGUGAUCUGUUGGACCGUUGCCUUCAUAGUUGGCUUGACACCCAUGUUAGGCUGGAACAAUCUUCGACGCCUCCAGCAGAACGGCUCCAUCAGCUCUGACCUCAUCAUCACCUGCCAGUUUGAAAACGUCAUCAGCAUGGACUACAUGGUUUAUUUCAACUUCUUUGGCUGGGUGCUGCCGCCUCUGGUGUUCAUGCUGGUUAUUUACGCAGAGAUCUUCUACAUGAUCCACAAGCAGCUGAACAGCAAGAAGCUCACCAGCUGUCACACAGACCCCAACAAGUAUUACGACAAGGAGCUGAAUCUUGCAAAAUCCUUGGCUUUGGUGCUUUUCCUCUUCGCCAUCAGCUGGCUCCCUCUUCACAUCAUCAACUGCAUCACCCUCUUCUGUCCCCAGUGUGAGAAACCCAUAGUCCUCCUCUACAUCGCCAUCCUGCUAACCCAUGGCAACUCCGCUGUCAACCCUAUCAUUUAUGCUUUCCGCAUCAAGAAGUUCCGCACUGCCUUCAGGAAAAUAUGGCAGCAAUACUUUUGCUGCAAGGACACACCAGCUCUGGAGAUUCAGCCCAGUGACAGAAAGGAGAUGCCUAAUCCGGAGCCACAGCAGACGGCACCACCACAGAAAGACUUGUUAAAAUCAGAUCCGCCUCAACAGCUGCCGCCACCAUCCGAGCAGAGUCCGAACCAGAAAAUGGAACCUCCACAGGAACCCAAAGAACACCCCCCCUCCCUAGAACAGCACACAGUGUAAGCUGAGGAAAGCAGAUGAUUGCAGGCUGGGAAAGUGAUAAUCAGUGCAGGAGCAUUGGUUCUGUCCUCCAUUGAAUGUAGUUCAAUGAGGAGCAUGAGGUGCUACAAUGCUGUGGAGACUGAGGAGACUUGGAUCAGAAACCUCCAACCCUGGGGGAUUGUUUUUGUUUCCUCAAGAGGAGAGGAUUUACUGGAAGUUUUGAUCAAAAAAGGAAAAAAGGGUAUUGACAAACUUGCAAUAAUGGAGGUGUUUUUGACAGUGGCUGCCUAUCUUAGUAACAGACUGAAGACAUUUAGCUUUAAUGUUUUAUUUAUCAUGGUCAGUUGGUGUGAACGUUGCAAAAUGUGCAAUAUACGUUUUUGUGGUUGGUCGGUGUUAGAUCAUCAGAGAAAAAGUUUCUGUGUUCAUUAGAGCAGGUUCAUCUCACUACUGUAGAACUGUGUGCGUGUGCGUGUGUGUGUGUGUGUGUGUGUGUGUGUGUGUGUGUGUGUGUGUGUGUGUGUGUAAUCUGACAGUGACUAAAGAACAUGAAUGUAAUCAUAAUGUAAAUAAGGGACUUUAUGAACGCUCAACUCUUCUUCAGGGUCUUAAUCGCACAACAGUGGUAGAGCAAGCAGCACUACUGGAGGUUUUCUUGCAGAGAGGAGGUGUGUACCAACAGAAGGGUUUUGUAAUCCCUUAACUCUUCUCCACUGGAGCUGAGUCCCUCAGUGAUCCAGCAGCGCCGAUGCAUUACAGACGAGAUGGACAUGGAUAAGACACAGGCAGAUGGAGGGAACAAGAGGUUUUAACCUUUUUAGAAGCCGCCUGCUGGAGACACAUGGCUGCAAGAUGACAGCUACUCAUGUGGGAGAAAGACAAGAUGCACUUAAAGCUCAUGUUUAUCCAGCCUCCAUCCCAGCUGGAGUUUGGAGCGGGUUUUUCCGUUUUUUUUACCACAUAACUGAUUAUAAUCUUCUCACAUCUUACCACUAGAUACAGUGGCUUCCAUGGCCUUAUUCAAUCAUCUGUAGUCCAGUAGUAUGGACUGAACCAGAAAAAAAGCUGAAGAUUGUGAGUUUCUUUAAUACAAUGUAAGCUCAAUUUCAUGCAGUAUAAAAAGCUGGGACAUCUGUAGAGUAGUAAUUAAACUAUGUUCAAGCCACUGACAUAAAUGUAUGAGAAUGUAGUUAUUCUGUUUUAUUUAUUGUAUUUAUUUAUUGUUGACUCUGGACAUGAAUGACAAUCUGUUACACAGAGAAGGUCAGGACAUUUUCUGAUAACUGUCUUAAUUGACAGCCUCCCUGCAGGAGUAGGCAGUGAACAUGUUUUAUGCUUUAGAAAACUAAGGAAACAGUAUUAGCAGAAACUUUCAUGGGAGCACAGCCAGGAGGACUGUUAAAAAAGCACAAAGAAGAUAAAUAAAUGUUAAACAUAAUGUGCUUCCUACAAGUGAAAGUAUUUACAAACUAGGUUUACAGUUUUGAUUCUAAUAGGAUAGUGACAUGCAUAGAUUUGUAAUAUACCUGUUUAUUGUGAUUUCAUAGCUCAGUUAUCGAUUUCAGUACGAAUGUGAUUAAUGAGCACAAGGUUCAAUUCUGUCUCUUAGAAAUUAAAUUUCUUUCUUUGCAGCAGCAAUAUUUUGAAUGAAACCUCACACCACCUGUGUAAUGUGUUCUGGUGCCAAAAUAUUUUGAUAUUAAAUGUAUCAGAAUAAUUAACACUAGCAACAUAUUUAGUUAGAUGAACACCCAUUUACCUGU